AUGACUGAAGCCAACAGCAAAGAUUUUUGCCAAUCUUUAGAAAGGAUGAGCAAGUUGAGGUCCUUAACAGUACUAAGUGAAAGUCCAUUUGAGCAGAACAUACAAAUGGAAUCUCUCACAAAGUCCACUAAGCACUUGGAGAAACUCAAACUCCAAAUUCAUAUGAAAAAAUUGCCAGAAUGGUUUGCUUCUCUUGAUUGCCUUCACACAUUGUACCUUUUCAAGAACUACUUGACAGAAGAUCCAUUUCCUAUUCUUGGAAAGCUUCCAAGCCUAGCUAUUCUAACAUUAGCAUCUUCAGCUUACAUAAACAGCACUGUUAACGUCCCUCGCGGAGGAUUUCCUGAGGAUUCUUGGCAUGGAAAAUUGGACCAAUUGGAUGCCUAUUGA